ACACACGUGCGCGCGCGCGUGCACAAGCAGGGAAGCUGUGGUAAGCACUUCCUCUUUCAGCCUGAGGUCUGAGAGAAGAUCAUCAUGGCGGGUCCAAAGAAACACCCGGAUGACUGGGUGCUACGGUCCUUCUCCAGGAAACCACAGAAGAGUCAGCCGCACGUAUUCUCUCCCUUACUGUGGACACAUCUCCUCUUCCUGCUCGUGGGACUAGAAGCCUCUGGAAAGGACUCACCCCCAACAGUGGUGCCAGGGAUUCUAGGAGGGUCGGUGACUUUCUCCCUGAACAUUUCGGUGGACACAGAGAUUGAGCACGUCACCUGGAAUGGUCCCCAAAAAGCUCUUGCUUUAGCAGUCACAGAAACGCAAGUUAUCAUUAUGGACAAAAGCUACCAGAACCGACUGAACAUCAGCUGGAACUACUCCUUGUCUAUCAGCAACCUGACUUUGGAAGACGCAGGAUCCUACAAAGCCCAGAUAAACCGCAAGAAUUCUGAGGUCACCGCUGAUGAGGAAUUCAUCCUGCGUGUCUAUGAGCAGGUGCAGGUGCCUCGAGUUGUCGUGAAGUCCGUGAACAUGUCUGAUAGUGCCUCCUGCAACAUUACCUUGAUUUGCUCUGUGGAGAGGGCAGGGACAAGUGUUCUGUACAGCUGGACCCCGAAGAACACCCAUGCUUCUGAAUCCCAUGGGGCCUCCACCAUCACCAUCUACUGGAUGCCGUGUGACCCAGACCUGCCAUACACCUGCACAGCCAGGAACCCAGUCAGCCAGAGCACCUCUGGCCCCAUCCAUGCCCGGCAGUUCUGUACAGCUCCGGGAGCCUCCAGAGGAGGAUCAACGGGGGAGACAGUGGUGGGGAUCCUCGGGGAGUCAGUCACCCUCCCCCUAACACUCUCGGCCAGUCGCCACGUGAAUAACAUUGUCUGGAUGUUUAACACAUCUAUUAUCACCAAAAAGCAGGAAGUGAAGCCCAAGAUUCCUGACAAGAACUCUGGCCAAGACUACUCCCUGAAGAUUGGCCAGCUAAAGAUGGAGAAUGCCGGCCACUACUAUGCCUACGUGUGUUCAGAGGCCUCCGGAGUCAUCAGCAGAAGACAUUUCACCCUGCUCAUCUACCGGAGGCUGAAGAAGCCAAAAGUUACCGGGAGCCUUGAGCUCAGUGAGGAUGGCAUCUGCAGGGUCAGCCUGACAUGUUCAGUGGAGGACAGUGGACACAAUGUGACAUACUUAUGGACCUUCCUACAGAAAGGAACUGUCAUGUCCCAAGGGGGAUCUCACCUCAAUAUCUCUUGGAGAAGUGAUGAAAAUCAUCCCAACUUCACAUGUACCACCAGGAACCCUGUCAGCAAGAGCUUCCAGUCAUUUCUUCCCGGCGACAUCUGCCCAGGGCAGGAGAGAAACAUGAAGCUCUACAUUGGACUCUCCUUGGUGGCUCUUGUUCUUCUGUGCUUUGGGAUCUCCAUCUGGUGGUGCAUGUGGAAGCAAAAAGGACGGCGUGGGUUUCUGAGAUCAGUGGCAUCUGCCCUAGACCAUAUCCUGGGACCUUUGCAGGCUUACUCAGUCCCAGACUCCAGCUCCAACCAAGCUGAAACCCCAGCGGAUGCGCCAGGGUAUGAGAAGCUGGACCCUCUUCUCAAGACUGCCAAGCAACGGUCUAGGCCCCCCUCUGCCAGCAGCUCUGACAGCAGUGGAACAACCGAGGAGACGACAGACAUGGUCAAGGCUGGAAGAUGCCAGGAGGACACUGGACCUGACUCGGCUUCUGAGAGGCCAGCAGAGUACGAUCUCGUCAUGCUGAGGAAUGCACCUGCACCUACGGCCCAAGACAACACGGUGUAUGCGCAAGUAUUCCUCAACUUGCAGGGAAAGACCCUAGCUCCUCAGCAGAAGGAGGGUUUGGCCACAAUCUACAGCUGUAUCCAGACACCCCAGAAGGUGGUGGUGCCACCACAGCAGAAUGAUCUGGAGUCUCCUGAAACCCCUACCUAUGAAAAUUUGGACUGAAAAGAAAAGCAGCUGCUGCUUCCCUCCCUGUGGUCAGAGAGGGUUCUGGACUGCGUAGGGCCUGGUACUCUUCCAGACAGAGCACUUCGGAACUGCCUUCAGCGUCUCAGAGGUGCCUGGGUUUGACCCUCGCCCUUCCUUUCACCCUUGUAACUUCCCAAGCUCAUGAACAGAUCAGACACAGGCUCCUUCUGGGAGUCCCUGGCCUUCGAGAGGCCCCUGCUCCAUCCAUCUCCACGCAGGCUCAGUUUCCCCCCCUCAGUUCAGAUGCACCACCUUAGAGCUUUGCCAAGGCUGGCCACAUGUGGUUGAAAGGGCCCUGGACCUUCACACCAUCUUCUAAACAGGUGAUAAAAUGGAUCCAACAGAUAUUCUCACUCAUGGGCACGAAGAUCUGUGUAAAAUUAUGUCCACUGCAGUAUCUUUUAAAAUAGAAGGACAGGGGCGCCUGGGUGGCUCAGUCGGUUAAGCGUCCGACUUCAGCUCAGGUCACGAUCUCGCGGUCCAUGAGUUCGAGCCCCGCGUCGGGCUCUGGGCUGAUGGCUCAGAGCCUGGAGCCUGCUUCCGAUUCUGUGUCUCCCUCUCUCUCUGCCCCUCCCCCAUUCAUGCUCUGUCUCUCUCUGUCUCAAAAAUAAAUAAAACCUUAAAAAAAAAAAUUAAAAAAAAUAAUAAUAAAUAAAAUAAAAUAAAAUAAAAUAAAAUAGAAGGACAGAGGGGCACCUGCGUGGCUCAGUCGAUUAAGUGGCCGACUUUGCUCAGGUCUCGCUGUUCAUGAGUUCGAGACCCACGUCGGGCUCUGUGCUGGCAGCUCGGAGCCUGGAGCCUGCUUCCGAUUCUGUGUCUCCCGCUCUCUCAGCCCCUCCUCCAUUCAUGCUCUGUCUCUGUCAAAAAUAAACUUUAAAAAAGGGGCGCCUGGGUGGCUCAGUCGGUUGAGCGUCCGACUUCGGCUCAGGUCACGAUCUCACAGUUUGGGGGUUCAAGCCCCGCAUCGGGCUCUGUGCUGACAGCUCAGAGCCUGGAGCCUGCUUGGGAUUCUGUGUCUCCUGCUCUCUCUGCCCCUCCCCCACUUGUGCUCAGUCUCUCUCUGUCUCUCAAAAAUAAAUAAUAAUGUAAAAAAAAUGUUUUUAAUAAAAAAGUAAACUUAAAAAAAUUGAAUGAAAGAACAGAAAUAGCCUAAAUGUCCAUUUAGGAAGAAUCUGGCUAAAUGCCCAAUGGCGUAUCCAGGCAACAGCAAGCCCUGCCACUUUUGUAAAGAAAGUAAAGACCAGUGUGUGCUAAUAAGAAAUGAGCUCUAAGAACGGAAAGAACAGGGUCCAACACAGUAUGUGUCACUUGCUACCAGUUGGAUAAAGAAGAAAUGUGUAUCGGGGCACCGGGGUGGCUCAGUCGGUUAAGCAGUCGACUCUUGAUUACGGCUCAGGUCAUGAUCUCAUGGUUCGUGGGUUCGAGCCCCACAUCGGGCUCUACUCUGGCACCACAGUCUGUUUGGGAUUCUCUCUCUCCCUCUCUCUCUCUCUCUCGCUCUCUCAAAAAUAAAUACAUGUUAAAAAAAAUAAAAUAAAAACGAAGAAAUGUAGAUCUGUAUGCUUAUGUAGUCAUGCAAAAGCUCUGAAAGAAAAUAACAAAAUAACUUAUCAGGGGCUGCCUCUGGGGAGUGAACUAGGUUGUUGUUUUUACUGUAUACUUUUUUGUACCUCGGAUUUCUUUUUUUAAUCAUAUGUGUGUAUCAUUCUUUGGAUAUCUUUUUUAAGGGCUUAAAAUGCCCCUUCCACAUAAACUUCCCAUAUUUACCCAAAGGAACUUCCCUCCUUAUUGUCAGGUCCGGCUGCAGAACAGUCAUAGUAUGUCUCCUCUCCCCCAGACUGUAGCACAGCCUUAUCCCCCUGUGAGUUGUUCUACCCUUGACUUGUAUUCAUGAUACUAUAGUGUACGUUUGUGUCACAUGCACCUCGAAGCCCAUUUUUUUUUUUAAGUUUCUUUAUUUUUGAGAGAGAGUGAGCGAGCACAAGCAGGGGAGGGGCAGAGAGAGAGAGAGGGAGACACAGAAUCUGAAGCAGGCUCCAGGCUCUGAGCUGUCAGCACAGAGCCCGACGCGGGGCUCGAACCCACGGACCGUGAGAUCGUGACCUCAGCUGAAGUCGGAUGCUUAACUGACUGAGCCACCCAGGAAUCUCAAAGCCCAUUUAUGUCCUUUAACGUUGGAAUUCUGCUGUCAUACUCUCCUGCACGUGGCCGUGGAGUCGGUAAAUCUUCUGUGUCCUACAGUGGGUACCCCCCGGGGGCCAAGCAGUGCUCCAUACACAGCAGGAGCUUAAUUACUGCUUGUUCGCUGGCUGGUCGUCGCAUGGAUAAUUAUCCUUGUAAGGCAUUAUUUCAGAAGCUCAAUGAAGACACAUAAUAUGAUGGUGUUGUACAUUAUUACACCCCAGAAUACAGCGUCCCCAAAAGCCCUGGGCCCCUAGGGUCUCUUCUGCUGCUUAGAUAAAUCUGGCCAGCUCAACAUCUACACGACUCAGGAUGCAUGAAAGGCCAAGUCAGUGGCGAAUGUCUUUGGUGUUCAUCUGAGCUGUUCCAACACCCGUCAUUUCCGGCUCCUUCUGCUUCCAGACUCCUGACACUGCAACUCAGCUCCCAGUACGUGCCCCAAACCCCCAGACUCCUUUUGCAUCUGUUUUCCUGGUUUUUAGCCCUGACGCCUCCUCCAAAGUGUGGUCUGUCCACAUCUGUCUCCAGGAGGAAGCCAGCCAACCGGCCGCACAGCCCCCAGGGGACAGGGACCAGGCAGGACCUGAGCAAGUGUGUACUGUGUGGCUCUCCCCCACGAGACCGAGUGGCCCCGGAUCUGGGAAUCCCGGGAUCGUCUGCUCCAGUGUGAACAAGGCUGGGAGACCCCGGUAGAUUGCAAGGAGUCCAGACCCCUCUCCGUAGGAAUGAAACACACAUGUGUUUAGUGAUGGGCGCAACUGCCCUUUGGCUACGACAGAGAGGAAAAGUACAGAAUACGGAGGGGACGCAUUCAGAAAAGAAAUUUAGAUUGCCUCCGAAUAACAGCAUAGUCUUCUGUUAAAUUCAUAUGUUAAAUACAGAGCGGGGUAAUUGAAGAACCAGGCUCCACGUGCUGCCUU